AGAGGCAGUCUUUAGAAAUCAAGGGAUCAGAUGAUCGGUAUGAGAUACAUCCCUGUUUACUCUCUGAUGGCUUGUUACGUCAAAGACCAUCAUCAGAAGAAAUCGUUCCUGUUUUCAGCUCUGUAUGCUGCCUUUAUAUUUGGUGGUCGGCACCUAAUGAACAAACGAGCAAAAUUUGAACUGAGGAAACCGCUAGUGCUCUGGUCUCUCAGCCUCGCCGUCUUCAGUAUAUUCGGUGCUGUUCGAACUGGUGCUUAUAUGCUGUACAUUUUGAUGACCAAAGGCCUGAAACAGUCAGUGUGUGACCAGAGUUUUUACAUUGGACCUGUCAGCAAAUUCUGGGCAUAUGCAUUUGUGCUAAGCAAAGCACCCGAACUAGGUGAUACUAUAUUCAUUAUUCUUAGGAAACAGAAGCUCAUCUUCUUACACUGGUACCAUCACAUUACUGUGUUACUUUAUUCUUGGUAUUCCUACAAGGACAUGGUGGCUGGCGGCGGCUGGUUCAUGACCAUGAACUAUGGAGUACACGCUGUUAUGUACUCUUACUACGCCUUGCGGGCUGCUGGCUUCAGAGUCUCACGCAAGUUUGCCAUGUUCAUCACCUUGUCGCAGAUCACUCAGAUGUUGAUCGGUUGUGUGAUCAAUUACCUGGUCUUCUCCUGGAUGCAGCAGGGCCAGUGCCAUUCCCACGUGCAGAACAUCAUCUGGUCCUCUCUCAUGUACCUCAGCUACUUUGUGCUCUUCUGCCAUUUUUUCUUUGAGGCCUAUAUUGGCAAAACCAGAAAAGAAAGGAAGGUUGACUAGUGCUAGAAACGAGAAGCCAUAGCUCAGGGUCAUCAAGAAAAAAAAAAUUAUAAGAAAAAAAAAGGCACAAGGAAACAUAUAUGUAUGGUGCAGCUAAAACUUGGCAGCUUAGGGAAAGUUAGCUUGGUUUAACCCAGUAAGUUUAUGAUCCUAUCAUGGUGAGGACUCACUGAAUUCUACUCUAUCUCAAAGGACUGCUGAUGAAAGACAACUUCCUUCUUGUACCUGUCUGCUCUAGAAAAGAAAGGUGGAAAGAAAGAAGGGGGAAAAAAAGAAAAGAAAAAAGGAAAGAAGAAAGAAAAGAAAAGAGAAGAAAAGAGAAAUGGAAUAAUGUUGAGGGGGGGGAAAGUAUGUUAAAUAAGCAGUGUGUUUCCCCAGGGUGGAGGAGAGACUUUUAUUUUAAAAAAAAAAAGAUUUCUAAAUCCUUUCUAAUAAUUUCUCAGCAUAAACUUGAACAAAACAAAGCAGAAGUGACAAAAAAAAUCUGUCUAUGAUAGCAGUAAGAUUGCAGAAUUAAAAUCUUUUCCAUAGAAGGUUGAUACCUUUAGCCAAAAUGAAGCUGAAAAGGAUGUUUCCUGCAUGGAAACUUACUGAACUCCACACUGUGGUCAUGAAUGAAAAAGAGAAGAGAUUGAUUUCUCUGCUGUGUACUCUGUCAGGAGAGCAGAUCUGGGACACAGAGUCACCUCCCUCAGAAGGUGGAAAGGAGCAGUACUUUUACAGGAGUUUAAUGUGAAAAGAUGCACUGUUGCAAUACAUAUCUCAGAGAGUGCAUUUUCCAAGUGCAUUUUUCAGUAAAAGGCAAGGAAUUUCUACAGCAGGAUAAGUCAUAGAGGGUUAAAUCAAUCAAUCAAUAUUUGCUAAAUUAACAGGGGCUAAUAGCAGAGGGAUGUUCAGGAAGGAGAGGGAGACAACUCCCCUAAUGUGAUUUUUAGGAAUUAUCCGUUACUCUUAAUUUAGCCUGCAGCAACACUGAAUUAAAUGGGGGAAAUCGGAAGAAAUCCUAGUUAGUGAGAAGAGAGUGAUAUAUCUGCCCACUGUUUUCAGAACAGAGCCCUGUGGUACAACAUGGAUUCCGUGUUUUUGUGGACGCAAGGGUGCCUGCCUGGGUUAGAAGAGGUGGCAGGACUGCACGACAUUGGGUAUCACUGUGCUUCUGCAUCUGCCUCCUGGGCAGUGCAAAGAUGUUUAAAGUGCCCUCCUCUGGUCAUGUGGAGAUACUACUACAAAACAUACUUGGAAUAGGUUUUUCUUGAGAUUUGUAUAGGAAAAAUUAGUCUAAACGAAGUAAUUUUGCUGCAACAGCUUGACUCUAAAGUCCAGAGAGAAUUAUCCUUCAUUAAACAUAUAUGUAUCUCUGCAGAAUCUGUACUGUAACUGACCACUUAAGAGGACAUUCUUUCUUCUAUGAAGUCAGCUACAGAUAUAAGGAGAAACAUAUUUCACUCUGAACCUUAGAGAGUUAGUUGAGAACAGCCAUAUUCUUUCAAAGACAAGUAGGUUGCAUUAUCUGUGAUAUUUCAGUCCUUACAAAGCCAAAUAAAAUGUGUAAAAGUUCCUAGUAUUUCAAAGACGCAAGUAUGUAAACUUGAUGUUAAAUGUGUUAAUGUAGUAUUCUAAAUUGUAACAGCUAGGUAGUUUAACUAAAAAAUUAGAAGAACUAGAUCAACAAAAUAGGGACUGCUGUUCUGCAUAGGAUAUACACACACCUAUAACUACACCCAUAUACACAUUCUGUGAAUUGUCAACAAGAAAAAGCAGCCCAGUGGCAGAGAAUCACGUUUCCUGGCUAAUGCAUAAGAUUGUCAUUAUCUUUCUUGCUUUAAUUUGAGAUUGUACAGUACAAAAGGGUUUUCUUAAUUAUGAUUUUUAGCUUUAAUUGUGCUGUCAUUCAUGAAACAGAGCUGCUUUAGUAUCCUGUUAAGAGAUGACAAGGGCUUUCGGUGUCUCAUUAUAUACAAAAGAAAAACAAAUAAAGUUACAUUCCAUAUUAUGUGAAUGGUCUUACAAAUCAAAAGCCUAUUCAGGCUAAAAUCAUAAUUAUAACAAGCAGAAAAUGAGUUUACAUUUGUGUUAUUUAAGUUAUUGAUGUGCUGACGUUAUUUUAUCGUACAAAACAUAGCAAAAUGUGAUAUGCAGUAAUGAAGCUAUGAUAUUCAUUAAUAGGACUACUGUAUACGUGGAAAUAUUAGACAAAACCAAUUAAAUGUGUAAACCAUUUUGUUAUACA